GCUAGGCAGGAAGAAAGAAAAGGCGCGCACUGUCUUGGCUCUGGGAACAGUGACAGGUGUGAAGCGUUUCUCUCUCCCUCCGCGUGCCUUCGCACUGAGUAACUUGGGCUCCGCUGCACCUGUGUGGCUUCUUAUCCCCGGCGCAGAGCGCAUUCUUCAGCCCAGGCCAGCCAAGUCAAGAUGGUCCUCGAAGGGAAGGCGAGCAGCCUCUCCGAGGCCACUCUGAGAAGCAAGAAGAGUCGCCUUAAGAAAAGCGCCAGCGCGGCAGCGGCGGACGAGUGGGAGCUGGAGAAGACAGACGAGGGGCCCCUGCCCUCGCCCUCGCAGCCCAAAGGGGAUGGCGGCGGCGGCCGCUUGGCCUUCUUCAUGGGCAGAGGCUAUCCGCAGAAGAAUGCGGAGAUCCUGAGCAGUCAGUAUGGCCUGCAGCUCUUCCUGGCGGGGCUCCUGUUGAUGUUCUCUUGGGCGGUGCACGCGGUGGGCAUCACCAAAAGCGCAGUCCUUUCUUACCUCAUCACCCUCAUGCUGCUCCAGAUCUUGUGGAUGGCAUGGUACAUCUGCCGCCUUAACGCGCAGAAGAGGCUUAUCCAGGAUAAAGAUACGCACGCCGGCGCGCGGUGGCUGAAGUGUGGGAUUACUCUGUUUGCAGUUAUUACUCUAAUUAUGGACUCCUUUAAAAUUGGAUACUUCGUUGGAUAUUCAGAUUGCUUAUCAGUCACAGAAGGCAUUUUUCCUGUCACACAUGCAGCACAUACACUUUUGCAGGUGUAUUUUUUAUGGUGCCAUGCAAAAGAUAUUAUACAGUCCUUCAAAACAUUGGAAAGGUUUGGAGUCAUCCAUUCAGUAUUUACAAAUUUGCUUUUGUGGACAAAUGGUGUGCUAACAGAAUCAAAGCAUCAACUUAAUGAGCACAAGGAAAGACUAAUCACUCUUGGCUUUGUAAAUAUUUCAAUAGAACUGGAUGAUCAUGCACCACAUUGUAACUGUACCACAGCAAACCUCUGCUCUGUAUUCUCCCAAGGGACAUAUUACCUGUAUCCCUUCAACAUUGAGUAUCAUAUAUUAGCAUCCACAAUGCUGUAUGUACUAUGGAAGAAUAUUGGGCGCAAAAUUGAACACCUUCAGCAACACAAGACAUCUUUCAAAUUUCAAGGCAAAACUGUGGGCACUGUUUUAGGACUGGUUGUGUUUAUUACAACAAUAGCAAUUGUUGUUGUAUAUUUGAUUCAGAUUGGGCGUUCAAAAAUAAAGAGUGAAUUAGCACUUAUUAUGUUUUACUUGUAUGCUAUUGUGGUAUUGGCACUCAUGUGUGCAGCUGGAAUUGUUGCCCUUCUGAUUUAUAGACUUGAAGAAAGGUCAUUGGAUGUUUCUAAAAACCCAGCCAGGAAACUUGAUGCUGACCUACUGGUUGGAACUGCCUCAGGAUCCUGGUUCCUUUCUUGGGGUUCCAUUCUUGCAAUUAUCUGCGCCCAGAUCCAUCCAACAUACUCAUGGUACAAUCUUCCCUACUCUAUACUUGUUAUAAUUGAGAAAUCUGUUCAGAACCUCUUUAUAAUUGAAUCUAUACAUCGUGAAGAUAAGGUUAAUGAUGAAAUUAAAACUCUUCGAAUACUAACUGUGUCCAAUGGAAGCACUCUUUCUCCUGUACCUUCCUACAAAGAAAUAUUUAAUGGGACAAAUGGCAUUGACAAUGGAGAAUUACCAUACGUAUUCAAUGGAAAUAUUUGUCUUCCUGAGAGCAAUGGAAAUGGCACACUGGAUGAAGAGAAGAGUCAAGCCAACAACACAGUCACUCCUUCCACCUCUGAUUUCUCACUUUAUGGUAGAAAUAUGGCUGUCAACAAGAGAAGCAUCCUCAAAAACAUAGCUGCAUUUUUGUUCUUGUGUAAUCUCUCGCUUUGGAUUCCACCUGCUUUUGGCUGCCGUCCUGAAUAUGAUAAUGGAUUGGAAGAAAUGGUUUUUGGGUUUGAACCCUGGAUCAUAGUUGUUAACCUUGCAAUGCCUUUUUCCAUUUUCUAUCGGAUGCAUUCUGCAGCCUCCCUUUUUGAGGUCAGUUGUAAAACAUGAACUUCAUAAACAAAAUAUGUGACUGAGGGGGUGAAUGAGAAGACAAAGACACCAUCAGAUGACUGGCCAAAACCAAGUGUGCAAUUAUUUGAAUGAACAGGCAAUGAAAAAGAUACAGAAAUGUAUCAAAUGCAACAUUUCAUACCUCAUCAUUCCCUCUUCCCCAAUAGUUGAAGUAAAAUAGUGGAAGUACAUUGUUCCUGGUUUUAUAUAGCUAACUUAAUGAAAAUAUGUCUGAACCUUCCUUUGUAUAACAAUUCUGAAGCUAGCUCACUGCUGGAAAAUGAAAUAUGUUUGCAGUACAAUUUUAUACUGAUGUAAUUUUCCUCUGAGAGACUUGUAACAUAACAUGAAGAAAAAAAGGGCAUUAUAAACCACAUUUAAGUUCCUUUGGUUGCAGCAGGAGAGAGUUAAACACAUAAUCAGUGGACUUAAAAGUGGCUGGAUCAUACCCAUAACCUAAAUGUUUGUUGAAUAAACAUUUUAUUUAAUGUUUCAUAUAUAGAAAAGCAGUGUUAUGUCAAUAUUUCACAAGACAGACACAACUAGAUAUUAGAUGUCACACUAUACUUACUAUGACAAACACACAUUCAUGACAUGAUUUUUUGUACAUAUGUAUUUUUGUAUUUGCUUAUGAAAAGAUUAAAUAAUAAAGCUAAUUUCUUUAAUCACUGAGACUUGCAUUUUCUGAUCCAGUCAAAGUUAAAGAUUUUAAAGUCCCACUGAUUUCACUGGGAGAGAUUUAAGCAUGUACUGAAGCUAUUAAAACUCAAGUCUCUCCCAUUGAAAUCAAUUGGAAUUUAAAGUGGGUCAGGUCAUGCUCACUGUAUCAUAAUGUUUGCUUUUCUUCCAAUAGAGAAAUAGAUUUUAUACAUGUUUACAAAAGGUUAUUUUGUGGCAAUUUGGUCAUCUUAAGGUCAAAGUUUUUCUUUAAUUUUUCUCUAGGUGCACUUCCUUUCUGUAAAAUCAAAUAUUCUCUUGAAUGAAUUGUGCAUUUUUAGGUAGCAAUUGUAAUUGCUUGUAAAUAAGCCACUUACAUAUUUCCAGCG